CUGGUCAUUAGUCCAUCCAUCUAGUCACCACUCACAGGCAGAGAGACGCAUGAGUCGGUCAACCGCUGGUGGGUGUCUGGCAGAAUUGCCAGCACCCGCAGCCAACCCAGCAGAGGCGGUCGUUCCUUCUCCUUCUCUCACGACGCGGGCCCUCACUAGUCCACUCGCUGUAGCUUGAUGCCCAUCUUUCCUGUAGCAACACGGCGAAACACACAAGAGACACCAUCACACCCUUAUUGGGAAUAUUUGUCCACCAUUACCCGUGUCGUCAAGAAACACGGGUUGGAUGAGCCGGAGCCCUUCUUUUUCGACCAGGUGGAUGAAGUAGUCGAAGAGGAGACUCAGUGCUUGAAAAUCUCUGAGCCAGCAGAUCUCGACUCCAAGCCUUAUAGGGCGCGAACAGACCGUAUUCGAAAGGGGUCUGUUACAGUGGCAGGCCUUGCCCUCGAAGAAAGCCUAACAAACCAAUAACAAACCGCCCGCCGGCACCUAUAAAGAUGUGUCUCAUUCAGUCAAUGCCCGCAUACCGGGAUGGUGUCGACGAUGAUCGUACCGGCCUAAUGGGUUGUUGACACACACAGAGGAGAAGAAGGAUCUAUCAGAGGAGACACAGAUUGCCGGCGCAUUCUGACACGCAUUGGUCACCGGCGCGAGGAGGGCCCGCAUAUUCUGCCAGAAUGAAGAAAUGAGCUUGAAGUGCGGCAGAAACUCCCACAUCUCAUUGUAGUUCAU